CGUAUUUUCAUUUUCUAUACAAGUAUUGUUUCCGUAAUCUGCAGUUCAGCGGUGGCAUCUGUUAGUUCGUAACUCCCACAGUAUGUGAAUUGUACAGUAAUGAUGAGUAAGAAACGCGCGUUUUUUGAAGCCCCGCCUCAUGCUUCGCUGCUUUUUCAGAGAAAACGAAGUGUUCUUCACGUGGAUUUCAUCCAAAUGGCAGAGAAACAGAAGCCGCAGUGUGGCGUCGAGUUAGAGCCGAAUCAGUUUUACUGCUCGGUAUGUCUGGACCUGCUCAAAGAUCCCGUCACCAUCCAGUGUGGACACACUUACUGCAGAAGCUGUAUCGAGGGAUGCUGGGACCAGGAAUGUGAAAAGGGAACGUACAGCUGUCCUCAGUGUAGGGAGGCCUUCAGCCCAAGGCCUGUCCUCGGGAGGAACACCAUGCUGGCUGAGGUUGUAGAGAAGCUGAAGAGGACAGUAGCCCAACAGGUCCGUCCAGCUUCUCCUCUUGCAGGACCAACAGACAUUGCCUGUGAUUUCUGUUGUGGGACCAGAAGAAACAAAGCCACCAUGUCUUGCCUGACCUGCUUGGCAUCGUACUGUCCGGCUCAUCUUGAGCCUCACUACAGUUUUCCUGUGCUGAAGCCUCACCAGCUGGUGUCUGCUACAGUGCCAUUAAAGGAAAAAAUAUGUGCAAAGCACAACAAGCUGAUGGAGGUUUACUGUAAGACUGAUCGAAGGUGUAUCUGCUAUUUGUGCACCAUGGAUGAUCAUAGGCGCCACUCAACAGUGUCAGCUGCAGCAGAAAGAGCUGCGGAGCAGGUAACACUUGGUGAGAUCCAGAGUGCAGUCAAGCUGAGAUUCCAGGAGAGACAAGAGGAGCUGAAUGAGCUUGUCCAAGCUGUGAAGGACUUCGAGAUUUGUUGUCAGACUGCUGUGAAGUCCAAUGACCAGCUCUUUGACAAGCUGAUCUCCUCCAUCCAAAAAAAACGUGCUUCAAUAAAGGAGUUGAUUGAAACUCGGCAGAAAACUGCAGUAGCUGAGACAGAAGAUCUGCAGAUGCAGCUGGAGGUGGAGAUAGCCAAGCUGAGGAGAAGAGACGCUGACCUGGAGCAGCUUUCCCACACAGCUGACCAUAUUCAUUUCAUUCAGAUCUUCCAGUCUCUCUCCAUCUCAUGUGAAUCGCAGGACCUGCCAAGAGGCGCUGUUGUUCGUCCUAAACGUUCAAUGAAAACAGUGACUGACUGUCUAUCUGACCUGACAUAUGACAUGAAAAAGCUUCUGGAGACUACAUGGCCGAAAAUCUCUGCCACAGUGUCUGUUACAGAUGUUGUGCUGCCACCUGUGCCAAAGACCAGGGAAGAGUUAUUGCACUAUCACUGUCCUCUAACACUGGAUCCCAACUCGGUCAACAGUUACUUGUACCUUUCAUUAGAUUCUCAACGAGUGACGAGUGGCUACUAUGACUAUUUUCAUUCUCACUCGGACAGGUUUAGUAGUGUGAAGCAGGUGCUGUGCAGAGAGGGUUUAACAGGGCGGUGCUAUUGGGAGGUCAGUUGGAGUGGUGGCGUCUGGUCAGUGGCAGCGUCUUACAAAAACAUCAGCCGAACAUCAUCUGACUCAGAAUUUGGGAAGAAUGAUAAGUCCUGGAGUUUGGAGUGCUCUGCAGACGGUUACACUUUCAGACAUAACUCAGUAACCAGGGCGGUGUCAGGUCCUCGUACCUCUCAGAUUGGAGUGUAUCUGGAUUACAAGUCAGGUACUCUGUCGUUUUACAGCAUCUCUGACACCAUGACUCUGCUUCACAAAGAGCACACAGUAUUCACUCAGCCUCUCUUUCCUGGCCUUGGGCUGAAGGAAUUAGUCUCUGGCUGUUAUGCAGAAAUGAAAAAGUUGAAACCCCGCUGUGCACCUGUGGACUUCAUCCAAAUGGCAGAGAAGUGGCAGCAGCAGCAGCGUGCCGUCGAGUUGGACCUGUAUCAGUUUUACUGCUCGGUAUGUCUGGACCUGCUCAAAGAUCCCGUCAGCAUCCAGUGUGGACACACUUACUGCAGAAGCUGUAUCGAGGGAUGCUGGGACCAGGAAAAAGAGAAGGGAACGUACAGCUGUCCUCAGUGCAGGGAGACCUUCACCCCAAGGCCUGUCCUCGGGAGGAACAACAUAGUGGCUGAGGUUGUAGAGAAGCUGAAGAGGACAGUAACCCAACAGGCCCGUCCAUCUUCUCCUCUUGUUCCUGCAGGACCAACAGACAUUGCCUGUGAUUUCUGUUGUGGGACCAGAAGAAACAAAGCCACCAUGUCUUGCCUGACCUGCUUGGCAUCGUACUGUCCGGCUCAUCUUGAGCCUCACCACAGUUUUCCUGUGCUGAAGCUUCACCAGCUGGUGUCUGCUACAGUGCCAUUAAAGGAAAAAAUAUGUGCAAAGCACAACAAGCUGAUGGAGGUUUACUGUAAGACUGAUCAAAGGUGUAUCUGCUAUUUGUGCACCAUGGAUGAUCACUGGUGCCACUCAACACUGUCAGCUGCAGCAGAAAGAGCUGCUGAGCAGGGACAACUUUUUCUGAGUCACAGUGCAGUUAAGCGGAAAUCCCAGGAGAGACAAAAAGAGCUGAAUGAGCUGGUCCAAGCUGUGAAGGACUUCAAGGUUUGUUGUCAGACUGCAAUGAAGUCCAAAGACAAGCUCUUUAAUGAGCUGAUCUCCUCCAUACAAAAGCAACAUACUUUAAUAAAGCAGCUGAUUGAAGCUCGAGAGAAACUAGCAGUUGUUCGCGCAGAAGCUCUGCAGCUGCAGCUGGAGGAGGAAAUCGCCAGGCUGAAGAAAAGAGACGCCGACCUGGAACAGCUUUCUCAUACACAAGAUCACAUUCAUUUCAUUCAGCUCUUCAAGUCUCUCUCCAUCUCGUGUGAAUCUCCAGACUUGCCAACAGGUGCUGUUGUUCGUCCUCAGCAAUCAGUGGAAACCCUGACCGAAUGUCUGACUCAGCUGAGAGAUGACAUGAAGAAGCUUCUGGAGACCGCAUGGCCCAAGAUCUCUGCAACAGUUUUCGGUAUAAAUGUUGUGCUGCCACCUGUGCCAAAGACCAGGGAAGAGUUUUUGUGCUAUCACUGUCCUCUAACACUGGAUCCCAACUCGGUCAACAAAUACUUGGACCUUUCACAAGAUUUUCAACGAGUGACGAGUGGCUCCUAUGAGCAUUUUCAUUCAUCUCACUCGGACAGGUUUGGAGGUGUGAAGCAGGUGCUGUGCAGAGAGGGUUUAACAGGGCGGUGCUAUUGGGAGGUCAGUUGGAGUGGUGGCGUUUGGUCAGUGGCAGCGUCUUACAAAAACAUCAGCCGAACAUCAUUCGACUCAGAAUUUGGGAAGAAUGACAAGUCCUGGAGUUUGGAGUGCUCGGCAAAUGGGUAUACUUUCAGACAUAAUUCAGUAACCAAGGCGGUGUCAGGUCCUCGUACCUCUCAGAUUGGAGUGUAUCUGGAUUACAAGUCAGGUACUCUGUCGUUUUACAGCAUCUCUGACACCAUGACUCUGCUUCACAAAGUGCGCACAGUAUUCACUCAGCCUCUCUAUCCUGGCCUUGGGCUGAAGGAAUUAGUCUCUGGCUGUUAUUCAGAAAUGAAAAAGUUGUGAUGCCAACUUUACAAUGUCUUUCAAGACCUAAUAUAAACAGUGUAAAAACCUGUAAGUGCUGCUGUUAAGUGAGCUCAUUGAACUUGUUUGACACUUAUUUGCUAAAUGCUGAAUGACUCGCACUGUUUGGAUGUUGAGAGGCGUGACAGGUGCUCCACUGUCCUCACCAGGCAGGUGUAAAGUUGUGGUUCUAGAUUGAAACAUUAGAGAAAUAAAAUCGCUGCUCAGGAAAUGUAGCAGUUUGUUGCUUUAAGCAAUAUCAUUACCCCUGGUUUGUUUUUUGUUGUCUUUUUUUUUUUUUGUGACUUUGAACGGUCACUUUAUAAGCUACAUGCACCUAAUUGUCUUUGUUCUGUUUUAUGUCUUUAAUGCCUGGGGGAAAAAGAAGUGUUACGUUUGUGUUGGUGUAUAGUAUAAAAUGUAACUGCUAAGAAAACAUUUGUCUGAGAUUUCAUGUCAGAAUUAAAAUAUUCACAAUAAAGAGGAGUAAUGCAGUG